CUCCUGACUGUCCCAGCUCUCCAGCCAGCCCCCUCCCCCAAGGACCAAAUCUUACCACCCUUUGCAGAGAGUGCUAUGGAAAUGAGUGCAGUGAUUUCGAUAGGCUCAAGGUGCUGGGCUUGUUUGUUGGAGCUGACUUUUAGUUUGAGUCCGUCCCCCUAACCUGGAUGAUCACCACCAAGUACAGGCUGUAGUCUUAGGAUUCUGCUCCAGGGUCUGCGUCUGGGUGUGUUGAGCCCCACGUGGUGGUCCUGUCUAAAGUUAGACGAUAGUGCAGUGGUAUUGAAGAGUGGACGGAGGGAGACGCCUUAGGGAACAGAGGAGAAUGCCGAGAGCUUUCCUGGUCAAGAAGAAGCAGGCAGCCUGCGGGGGCUGGAGAUGGAGAGACCCAGAGCAGGCAGAGUGGAGAGAAGAUCCCUCAGAAGUUAGCGACAGCGCUCCGGAAGAGACGUUGAGCGCGCCAGAUGUCUCCGAGCUGGCCGCUCCCUCUGAGAGCUCUGACUUUGGCUCAGAGGAAGCAGCGGGAUCUGCGACAUCACCGGCGCCCGUCCCAACACCGCCCGCGUUGGGAGUGAGGGAACAGGACCCAGAGACCAGUCGAGACUGGCCUGCCAUGCUGCCCCCGAGGCAACUCUACCACCCUAAUGCGUUGGCACUGGCCAGCCGGGCCAAGCCCCGCCCCCGUGUGGCACCCAGCGCUGGGGACUUCCUGUGCUCCGUGUGCCACAAGCUGUUCCCUCUGCAGCGCAUGCUGACGCGCCACAUGAAGUGCCACAGCCUGGUGAAGAGGCACCCGUGUCGAUACUGCGGCAAGGGCUUCAACGACACGUUUGACCUCAAGAGGCACAUGCGCACUCACACAGGUAUCCGACCCUACAGGUGUGAGCUCUGUGAAAAGGCCUUCACGCAACGCUGCUCUCUGGAGUCCCACAAGAGGAAGAUCCACGGGGUUCAUCAGCAGUACGCCUACCGCCAGCGACGCUCCAAGAUCUUUGUGUGUGAGGACUGCGGCUUCACCUCCAACCGGCCCGACGAGUACUUUGUCCACGUGCGGCAGUGCCACCCGGGCAGCCCGGCUCUGCGGCGCUACUACCGGCGGCAGGCCCACGAGAACGCCAACUUUGGCGUGGCCGAGUGUAAACUCAACCCCUAUCUGGUCUACUCAAACUCUGGCUACUUUAUCUGAGAGGCGGACUAUGGGAAAGUUACCGUGUGUUUGGCUUGAAGCUGUAACGGUGUGGUAAUAUAAACAUGUAAUUUGUGUAAUAUAUUAGACUAGCAUAUUUUAGGAAAAUAAACUUUUUCUACUAAACUACUUUUUCAACUUCUCUUUACAUAAUGCAUUGGUCAAAUAGUUAAAAUAGUGAUUAUUAAUUGUAAAUUUGUCAUAUCAUCAUUUUAUCAACAUGUACUUUGAUUGUAUUGGUUUAUUUACUUGAAUUGAG